AUGCAGCAGGAGAAGUACUCUAGACAAAUAAGGCUUUUUGGGGAAGCCACACAGAAAAAAAUAGAAGACUCGCACAUCCACAUUGUAGACGAUGAAGAAAAGAUUGUACGGCACAUAACGCGGCUCCUUCUGCAGAUGGGCGCUAAUGUCUGCGCGCGCCCUAAAGUCUGCUCUGAAAGCCCGUCAUGGACAUUUGCAUGCAACCUUUCAGCAGAAAAAGAGUGCUCUAAGACAGAGCCCAAUAUUUGUUACAUCAGCACCCCCACCCUUUCUCUUUCGAGGGAGCACACACUCCUGCGCCAAGAUCCCCAGACAGAGUGCGAAGAGUACACCAAUAUACUUGCUGGCGUGGCAGUGCAAGAGUAUAUCAAGUCGCUGGCAGGGAUGGACACUCUGCAAAAGUGGGCUCUAGACACUUCUGUCUUUGAAAUAUAG